UGUGCCUGAGUGAGUGAGUGUGUGUGGUUUUAUGGGACGUGUUCUGCCGGAGCCUUUGGUGUGGUGCUGUGUUUCACAAGACUUGUCAUUAGCUUCAAAGUGAGCACUAUGGUCUGAUUACAAGGGAGGACCUGCACCCAUUAAAGAGCCGAGAGAGAGAAAAUAAUAAGGUUCCCCUAGGAAGAGAUAACAAAAGGAAAGAGAUGGGAAAGGGCAUCUGAGGCUUCGGAUCUCUCUCCUGAGCGGAGCAACAUCAAAACAUCUCCCUGUUUUCCUUCUGAAGAGCCUGAAGGGAGGAGCCACGGCAGCCAUGUCGGAUGCCAGUCACAUGUUGGAGGCGGCUCUGGAGCAAAUGGAUGACAUCAUAGCAGGCACAAAGGCAGCCACAGAGUUUGCGAAUGGAGUGUUUGAAAUCGGAUCCCCAGUUCCGGAGGAGUACUUUGGGACCAUAUCAAUUCUGCAUCUCGUAGAGGAGCUGAAGGUUUCCUUGGAAAUGGUGCAGAACUCCCAGGAAAGAGACGCACUCCGAAAUCAAGUACCAAAUGCCACGGCCUUCUAUGUCAUGGAAUGGCUGCAGAGCAACUUGGUAAACUACACAGCAGUAAAUAAUGAAACAUACCAAGAAAGGUUGGCACGACUGGAAGGUGACAAGGAAUCUCUAAUAUUACAGGUGAGUGUUCUCACUGACCAGGUGGAAGUCCAGGGGGAUAAGAUCCGGGAUCUGGAGUCGUGCGUGGAGGAGCACCACCUGAAGCUUAAUGCCACCGAGGAAAUGCUUCAGCAGGAGCUUCUGAGUCGCACCUCACUAGAAACUCAGAAGCUGGAUCUCAUGGCCGAGCUGUCCAACCUCAAGAUCAAGCUGGCCGGCCUGGAGAAGGAGAAGAUUAACUACGAGGAUUCGCACAGUAAAGCAGAGUCGGUAGUGAAUCUGAUAAAUGAACUGCAGGAGCAGAUGUGCAAGCUACAGCUGGAGAUCAAUAAUAAGAUCCACGAAAGGCAGGCUAAGGGUAGCCAGUCUGACUUAAUUAUUAAGUCUCCUUAUGCCAGCACUCUUUGCCUUACUGAAAGCCCACAGCAGCAGCACUGCCCGGGAUGUGAAGGGAAGGAAGAGCUGCUACAGGAGCUAAAAAACCUUAAAAUGAAAGUAGAAGAACUGGAAAAUGAGAGAACCCAGUACGAGUGGAAAUUAAAGGCAACAAAAGCAGAGAUUGCCCAACUACAGGAGCAAUUGGCAUUAAAGGAUGCUGAAAUCGAACGGUUAAAGAGCCAAAUUUCCUCCAGGACCAUUGCACAGAAUGAAUCCUCAGAAAGAGAAGAAGUAUUUAGGCGAAGGAUAAAAGAGAAACAUCAAGAAGUUCAGAGGUUAAAACUGGGCAUGGAGACAUUAUUGGCUGCCAAUGAAGAAAAGGACCAUCGAAUUGAGGAACUCACACUGCUGCUCAGCCAAUACCGACGAGUGAAGAGUUUUGUGAUGGCAGCUCAUGCCUCCUCUGAGCGAAUGCUGUCUCUAAGCAGCGAGGAAGAAGUUGAGGCCACUUUAAGGAAACUAAAUCCAGUCGAUAACCAGACUAACGAGUUACCUAAACCAGAGCCGUGCCAAGGAGACCCACCCCCAAUUACAUCCACUUUGCCUGCACCAAAUAAUCUGCAAACCAGUACGAGUCCGGCUGAGCCCUGCCCGGCUUCCUGGGAGGAAACCCCUGAAUAUAAAAACAGAAUUAUACCCAGAAAGCUUUGUUCCAGUCUGGAAGAUUUACAGUGUGCGGAAAAGCAUGUUGAUGUGGAAGUCACUGAUCCUGUUCUAACACCCGAGAGUAAAGCUCACAUAGAAGAUCACCGGUACCAGACCCUGCCAGGAAAGCUUCCUCGGCCCAAUCAGAACGGAGCUCAUGACCCCCACAGGAAUCCACCCUCCCAAAAUCUCCUUCAUGUCUCCAGUGCAACCAAUGGGAUUCACGACUCCUAUAUCACCAGAAGUAUCAGUGCCCCGGUCAUAGGCGAAAAGGAGCACAAUCUGGAUAUCACAUUUACUUCAAAUGAUCUUUCCCUCUCGUCUGGGACUGAUUCAGGGCCACAAUCCCCUCUGUCUCCCGAAUCAAAGAAAAGCCCUAAAGGCAUCAAAAAGUUUUGGGGAAGAAUUAGGAGAACUCCUUCUGGAAAUUUCAGCAUGGAUGGAGCUGCGCUGUCUGAAUUUAAGAGAGGAGGCUUGAGGGCAACUGCUGGACCAAGGCUUUCCCGAACAAAGGAUAACCGUAUUAAAAACAGUGACUGCAAUGCUCCUUUUGCUCAGUGGAGCAAUGAACAAGUUUGCAACUGGUUAGAAGACCUGGGCCUGGGGCAAUACAUCAUCUUUGCCCGGCAGUGGAUCAGCUCCGGCCACACCUUGUUAAUGGCCACGCCACAAGCUUUGGAAAAGGAAUUAGGAAUAAAGCACCCGUUACAUCGAAAGAAACUUCAGAUGGCGAUAAAUGCUAUAAACAGCAAAAAGGAGGAGAAAUCGGGGCAGCUGGACCAUAUAUGGGUGACACGGUGGCUCGACGACAUUGGGUUACCCCAGUACAAAGAUCAGUUCCACGACUCAAGGGUUGAUGGGAAAAUGCUGCAAUUCUUAACUGUGAACGACCUCCUGUUUCUUAAAGUCACCAGCCAGCUGCACCACCUCAGUAUUAAAUGUGCCAUCCACGUCUUGCACGCCAACAAGUUCAAUGCGCACUGCUUGCGCCGCCGACCGGCAGAUGAGAACAACAUCUCUCCAUCGGAAGUGGUUCAGUGGUCCAAUCACAGGGUCAUGGAGUGGCUGAGAUCUGUGGAUUUGGCAGAGUAUGCGCCCAACCUCCGCGGCAGUGGUGUCCAUGGCGGCCUUAUUAUACUGGAACCUCGUUUCAACUCCGACACCUUGGCCAUGCUUUUAAACAUUCCAACCCAAAAGACCUUAUUAAGAAGACACUUGGCAACCAACUUCAAUUUGUUAAUUGGCCCAGAAGCCCAACAAGAAAAGAGAGAGAUUAUGGAUUCCACAAGCUUCUCGCCUCUGUCUACCACUGCCAAAGUCCGGCCCAAGAAAAUCAGCUUAUCCAACUUCGGGCAGCUGCGGAAAAAGAAAUUCGACGAGACAACAGACUACGUGUGCCCGGUGGACGCUACAAACGGUACCCAAAGGGGCUGCGCUGAUUUUAAAGUGACGAGCGCGAGCUCCACCAAAGAGAACGACAAAGUGGAGCAGAUGGAGCACUCGGAGGGUACAGUAAAGCAAAUAGGGGCUUUCUCUGACGGCAUUAAUAACCUCACCAACAUGCUCAGCCAAGAUGAGCUGUUAAACAAUUACAGGUUCUUCUCAGCAUAUGACACUUGGAGAUAGAACAUUGGAGGACUCGGUAUUGUGCCAGUAUUUCCAUAGGUGCUAUAAUCAAUGGUGGAAACUAAAGGAAACUCACCGGAAUAAUUAAAAUAAGACCACUUGUCUGUGGAGGCUGAACUGCAGGCACAAAUGGGGGCUCAAGAUAAUAGCACAGGGAUCCCCCACACUACUCUUUUGCACAAGGGUCAAUAUUUUGUAUUCACACAACUGUUACUUAUUGUCAAAAAUGUCCUCAAUGAACCCAGAAGGGAUGAAUCUAUAGUGUUGGGACAAUGGCAUUUAUUUGCCAGCAGCAUUGAUUCUACAGCAUAUGGCACGUUAUGGGUUAAACUCUGCCCUUGGAGAAAUGAAGCGUCUCUUCCAUUGGUCACUAUUACAGUUUUAUCAUUUUUAUGCCCGUGUUUUUAUAUUAGCGCAGUCUGUAUAUAUUGGAACUGUGUAAAUGGCUUCAGCCUAUUCCCUGCACUGUAACUGUAUAGUGAGCUCUUGGCUUUCAUCCAUUGUUGUUACCUGUUAUAUCAACGCGUGCAAUAAAGUUGUAUAUAUUUUUUU